AGAACCAAUGCUUAGCAAAGGCUCACCAAAAGAUGAGUAUUUAUUUGAAAUCUUGAGUUGGUGGAAGCUAAAUGCACCUAAGUACCCAACUCUUGCAAAGAUGGCAAGAGAUGUCUUGGCUAUCCCAGUCACCAGUGUGGCAUCCGAAUCAAUGUUCAGUGCAGGUGGUAGAGUGCUUACAACACACAGAGCUUCAUUAGAUCCAGAGGUUGUUGAAGCAUUGUUAUGCUUAAGCGAUUGGUUGCCAGAUUUCAUUUGUGAUGAAGAUAUGGAAAUUUUGGAAACCGAAGACGAAUGAAGACAAGAGAGACCCUGUUUGAAUAUCUGUUAAGUUUUU